AUGGCGCUUCGCUAUUGCGCCGGCAGUUCGGCUUACGUCCCGCAGCGCUCUUCCAUGUCUAUCUUCACUCGUCAGAUGAACAUGGAAGCGCAAAGUGUUGCUGCUCAUCUGAACAGUUCUGGAUUCAUUCGAAGUCAGGGCCUUAUUGGUGGGAAGUGGAUUGACGCUUAUGAUGGGAAAACUAUAAAGGUUUGCAACCCUGCUACAGGCGAUGUUUUAACAAAUGUACCAUUCAUGGGUGGGAAGGAGACAAAUGAUGCAAUUGCGUCGGCAUAUGAUGCAUUUGUUUCUUGGAGCAAACUCACUGCUGCCGAUAGGAGCAAAUGUUUAAGGAAAUGGUACGAUUUGAUAAUGGCCCACAAAGAAGAGCUUGGACAACUUAUAACCCUAGAGGGAGGGAAACCUCUGAAAGAGGCCAUUGGCGAGGUUAGCUAUGGGGCGAGUUUCAUAGAGUACUAUGCUGAAGAGGCAAAACGUGUGUAUGGUGACAUCAUUCCAGCCACAUUACCAGAUCGAAGGUUGUUUGUUUUAAAGCAGCCAGUGGGGGUUGUUGGUGCAAUUACUCCCUGGAAUUUUCCUUUGGCUAUGAUAACUCGGAAGGUUGCCCCUGCCCUUGCUUGUGGAUGCACAGUUGUCAUAAAACCCUCUGAACUGACACCAUUGACUGCAUUAGCAGCAGCCGACCUCUCCAUUCAAGCUGGAAUACCACCGGGUGUGGUAAAUGUUGUAAUGGGAAACGCUGCUGAUAUUGGAGAAGCUUUACUUGCAAGUUCACAGGUAAGAAAGAUAGCAUUCACUGGGUCAACAGCUGUCGGAAAAAAAUUAAUGGCAGGUGCUGCUGGGACUGUGAAAAAGGUCUCCCUAGAACUUGGUGGCAAUGCACCUUGCAUAAUCUUUGAUGAUGCAGAUCUAGAAGUAGCUCUGAAAGGAACCUUGGCAACAAAAUUCCGUAACAGUGGACAAACGUGUGUUUGCGCAAAUAGAAUACUUGUGCAAGAAGGGAUCUAUGAGAAAUUUGCAAAUGCCUUUUCUAAUGCUGUGCAGAGUAUGAAAGUUGGGGAUGGUUUUGGUGAAGGUGUGGUUCAGGGCCCGCUAAUUAACGAUGCUGCAGUGCAGAAGGUUGAAAAAUUGGUGCAAGAUGCCAUCUCGAAGGGAGCUAAAGUCCUUGUUGGUGGCAAGAAACACAGUCUUGGACGGACUUUUUAUGAGCCUACAGUGAUGAUUGAUGUGAAGGGUGAGAUGCUCAUAUCCAGGGAGGAAGUAUUUGGUCCUGUUGCACCUCUUCUGAAAUUUAAAACUGAGGAAGAAGCUAUCAGCUUGGCCAAUGAUACCAAUGCAGGGCUGGCCGCCUAUUUUUUCACCACAAAUGUUCAACGCUCUUGGCGUGUAGCUGAAGCUCUUGAAUAUGGAAUAGUUGGAGUUAAUGAAGGAUUGGUUUCGACUGAGGUGGCUCCAUUUGGAGGUGUGAAACAAUCAGGUCUUGGACGUGAAGGAUCAAAAUACGGGAUUGAGGAGUUUCUGGAAAUUAAAUAUGUGUGUUUGGGGAAUAUGAACUGA